AUGAUUAAGUUUCAUACUAAAAUAUUUUUAUUUUCUUUUUUGAUAAUUACUGUAUUAUUAUCAUCCCAUAAUGAAACACUUUACAGAUUGAUACAAAUAAAUGAAGUUGAUACAUCCUUUAGUAGGUUUUUGACAGAACGAUCAAAAAAUCCAUCUUUAAAGGGACUGAAUAACAGGUGUAAAGAAAAUUGUAACCAAAAUGAUAAUGAAGAACUAUCACAAAAUAAUGAAGAACUAUCACAAAAUAAUGAAGAACUAUCACAAAAUAAUGAAGAACUAUCACAAAAUAAUGAAGAACUAUCACAAAAUAAUGAAGAACUAUCACAAAACAAUGAAGAAAUAACACAAAAUAAAGAUGAUAUAACACAAAAUAAUGAAGAAAAACCAUCUAAAGGUGUAAUUAUUGAAUUAACUGAAAAGUCCGGUUUAAUACCUAUAGAUAACAGUCGUCCAACCAGAAGACCGGGUAAUAGGGGACCAGCAAAAAAAAAACAACCUCCUAAAAGUCAAGAACAAUUAGUUAACGAAUCUUUAUCAAAAUAUAAUAUAGGUGAACAACUAUUGAAUUCUAAGUAUCAACACGCAAACAAAAUUGUAGACACAUUACACCUUGAUCAAAAAUAUAAAGAUAUGCUUAAAGAAUAUUUAAAAUUAUAUAUAGACGGAGAUAAAUCACGUAAAAGAAAUAAGUUGUUUAAAAAAUUAAAAGACAAGAUUUCAACUAUUCCAAGGAAUCAUGGUCUUUUCACUAUUUGUGAUUUUGCAAAUCCAUAA